GCACUGACCACGACUCUUUCAUAUCUAAUCACCAAUCUAACCACCAUUAGUACCAAUAUGACUAACAGUUUGAUCAUUGUGGAUCACUAAUCUAACUACCACUCCGACCAUAGCCAACCACCACUUCCAUCUACCGUUGAUCACCACUUCAUCCACCUUCAAUCUCUAAUCCGAUCAUCACCGACUAUCCAUUCCUAGCACCGACAACAACCACUUUGACCAUCGACAAUAACCAAUUCAACCACCUUCCACUGCCACUAUGACUACCACCAACCACUACAAAUCACCACUCCGAGAACCUAAAAUAAAUACAGUCCUUACUUAAAAAACCAAACCGUGGCCUACAUUAUUGCUAUCAACAAGUGUGACCGUUAAUCACGAGGAAAAAAUAAGUUGAAAAUUUCUUAUCAGUUACCACAACUUCUGACUCUUACAAACAGCUACUGAUUAAAACCAAUGACAAUAUGCCACGUCAGGUUGUGACAACUACCUCAAACCCCCCCCCCCCCCCCAAAAAAAAACUAAAACCCAAAACCCAAAACCAACCAAACCAAAACCUUCUUCCUCUUCUCUUCUUUGUGUCAACCAAUUAUCUUUUUCUUCUUCUCAACACAACAAUGGAAGCUUCACUUCCAAGUGCAUGGUGGAACAAAUGGGUCGAAGAGGCACUAACAAUUCUCGACUCUCUUAAAGUGCUUCGAUCUCUUAGACCCAUUUGUCUCCGCAACCAGAGAUUGUCAUCUUUGCAACUCCAACUUCGGGUAGAUGAUGAUGCGUUUGAGGUGUUUGAUGAAAUGCAGCAAUGGGAUCGUUCCUCUAUUCAAGUUGAAAUUUGUGAAACCACUUUUAGGAAAUGGAUGCAUGACACCCCGAGUUCUGGUGAAGAGAUUGUUCAUGGUGCAGUUUCUGGUGAUGAUGAACCAGGGGUAUGUCAUGAGCAGUUUAGAAAGUUAAUAUUAUUUUCUGGAAAUGAUUAUUUAGGCCUGAGUUCCCAUCCGACUAUUGGAAAUGCUGCUGCAAAGGCAGCUCAAGAACAUGGGAUGGGACCAAGGGGCUCUGCUCUUAUUUGUGGAUAUACCAAUUAUCAUAGGCAGCUAGAGUCGAGCUUGGCAGAUUUGAAAAAGAAAGAGGAUUGCCUUCUUUGUCCUACAGGAUUUGCUGCCAAUAUGGCCUUGAUGACAGCAAUAGGAAGUAUCGGUUCUCUCUUAGCUGGGAAUAGCAUACCUUCAGAUGAUGAAAAGAUUGCCAUCUUUUCUGAUGCAUUAAACCAUGCGUCAAUAAUUGACGGUAUUCGUCUUGCUGAGCGGCAAAAAGGUGUAAAAGUGUACAUAUAUAGACACUGUGACAUGUCCCACCUCAAUACACUCUUAUCUCAUUGCAGUAUGAAGAGGAAAAUUGUGGUGACAGACAGCUUGUUUAGCAUGGAUGGGGACUUUGCACCAAUGGUUGAGCUUGCAGAACUCCGCAAGAAGCAUGGCUUUUUGUUAGUCAUCGAUGAUGCUCAUGGGACAUUUGUUUGUGGCAAAAAUGGUGGCGGCGUCGCUGAGGAGUUCAACUGUGAGAAGGAUGUGGAUAUAUGCAUUGGUACAUUAAGUAAAGCUGCUGGCUGCCAUGGAGGAUUUAUAGCAUGCAGCAAAUCUUGGAAGUUAUUAAUACAGUCAAGAGGUCGUUCAUUUAUAUUUUCAACUUCUACGCCGGUUCCAGUUGCUGCUGCUGCUCAUGCUUCUGUUAGAGUGGCAAAACAUGAGACAUGGCGUAGAAAAGCAAUUUGGAACCGGGUGAAAGACUUUCAGUUACUUACAGGAAUCCCUGUUACAAGUCACAUUAUAUCCCUAAUAGUUGGCAGUGAAGACAAAGCACUGCAAGCAAGCCGGCAUUUAUUACAAGCUGGCUUUCAUGUCACUGCAAUAAGACCACCAACUGUGCCUCCUAACUCAUGCAGGCUACGAGUGGCCCUCAGUGCAGUCCAUACAAGGGAAGAUUUGGAAAACUUAGCAGCUGCACUCUCCAAUUGCAUCAAUUUCCAAGAUACCCGCAUUUAUGGCUGCAAUGGUUAUGCAAGACUAUAGCUUUCCAUUCUUAUUUUUUUGGGUUACCAUAUAGCCUUCCAUUCUAUCAUCACGAUGAAAUGCAUCAAUGUGAAGUGUUUUCUCCUAGUGUUAUUAUUCAAUAGUGACAAGCUACUUUGUCAACAUUUAGUUAAACAAUUUUGUUACAUGUAAUGAUAUUUUCAUGCUUUUAAUUUUGAUCAACUGUCAGUUUACUUUUAGUUAGUAUUACUAUUUGUAAAUCCAAAACAUGUUUAAGUGUUUCCAUUUUUACCCUUUUGAUGCAUGUCUUUUAAUGUAGUUUUGAUCCAAAACA